UGGUCUUUCACACGGAUGACACUGUUAUUUAGGCAUUAAUUUCCCGUAUUUGCCAAACUUCCUCAUUACUUUAAACAGAAGCAAGCUCUUUGUCUACUAGAUUUUGCUCUGGAAGUCACCUAAGGUAAUCGCGUGCCUGUAAAGCAAUGACAAAGACAUCUUUCAAUUUUUCUUUAACAAAAGGUGCACUGGAGAGUUCAAACUAUCAAAACACAAUGUGUUCCCAGACAUGCUAACCCUUUUUCAAUUCAAAGCCAAAUCCUGACACCUGAUCUGUUUAAAUGAAGCGACCCUUGAGCUUUAUCAGCUCAAGCAUGACACCAGGAAGUAAGUGCACAUGGCUGAAGGUGAAGUACACAACAGUGGGCUUUAGAACUAAGCUAUGCUGGAGUUUCCCCCUGGGGUGUUGAAGAGGACAGGAGAGAGUGGGAGGAGUGACAGACAGAUGGAUGUUAAAAACAGAGAUGAGACACUGAAGGUUUGGAGUGAGCUCUGAAAAGGACACUAAAAGACUCAGCCAUGGAACAUCCCAACUGCACCAAUGUGGACCAGCUGAUUAAACGAUAUUACCUGCCUGUCUGCUACACCAUCAUCUUCACCGUGGGCCUCAUGGGCAACAUAACUUCCAUUGGCAUUUAUGUGACAAAGCUGCGUCCCUGGAACAGCAACAGCCUCAUCAUGGUCAACCUGGCGCUGACUGACCUCCUCUAUGUCCUCAGCAUGCCCUUCCUGGUCUACUACUACAGCAACGGGGAUUCGUGGACACUCGGCGACUUCAUGUGCCGCUUUGUGCGCUUUGGCUUUCAUUUUAACCUGUAUGCGAGCAUCCUCUUCCUGACAUGUCUCGCCGUUUUCCGCUAUGUGGUGGUGGUCAAGCCUCUGAGGGCAGCGCAGGUGCAGCAAAGGUUUUGGGGUAUAAUUGCGUGUUUGGCCGUCUGGAUCAUCGCCGCUGCCGAAAUCACACCAAUGUUGACGAUAAUAUCCUUAGAGCAGCACAACAACAAGACAUACUGCUUAGACUUUGCGAGCACCAUCAACGUCAGUAACAUGUUAAGUAUGUGGUAUGUCCGGCUGCUCACUGCAUUCGGAUUUCUAUUCCCUCUAGUGGUGGUAUUCAUGUGUUACAUCGGUAUAGUGAAAGAGUUGGCCAAAGGGCCUUACACAACCAGCCCGUGUCGGAUGCGAGCACGGCGCGUGACCGUGCUGAUCCUGGUGGUGUUUGCCGUGUGUUUCCUACCGUAUCACAUCCUGCGUGUGUUGCGGAUAGAAACUCGAAGGAUGCCGUGCAUGGUGGAGCACAUCGUGCAUGCAAUGUACAUUAUCUCCAGGCCUUUGGCUGGAUUCAACACCUUUUUCAACCUGGCUCUGUACACUCUUUCAGGUGAUAAGUUCAGGAUGGCCUUCAGGACGUUUCACUGGGAAUACUGGCCGACCAAGAUCAGGUCGCUGCUCCAAGCCGUCUUCAGAACGGCCGCAUGACGCUUGACUUUCCUUUUUUUCAUCUGUGUUGGACAUUUGGUGCUUCCAAGAGACAAAAUAAUUGUGCCAACCCCUGAAAUCUAAUUGCCUUAAGGUAAGCAGUAAGAAGUGCAUGUUAAGUUCUAACCUUUGUCCACACGUGAGUAUAAUUUACCUGACUAAUGAUAUAAUGGAUUGUAUUGUUUGCAACCUUUAAGAUAGUCUGCGUUUUCAGAUCUGUUGUUUGUUUGCUUUGUUCCGAUUCAGGAAGUAAUUUGAUGCAAUUGUUGAGUUUUCCCCUUUGUUGUAAACAAAUGCCAUGUGCAAGCAAGUUUUUCUCUCAUUGGUCAGAAAUAUUACCAGAAAGAUUCACCUCAGAACGCUUCCUCCUCUUUCUUUUUUUUCUUUAUUAUGUAGCACCACUAUUGCCAAUUGUUUUGUUUUUUUGCAUUAAUGUCAUUAAAUAAACAAAUUAUCCAUUUCCAGCAUGUGUGA